AUGGGCAGGGCGCUGUGCUGCGACAAGGCGACGGUGAAGAAGGGGCCGUGGGCGCCGGAGGAGGACGUCGUGCUCAAGGCCUACAUCGACGAGCACGGCGCCGGCGGCAACUGGAUACAGCUCCCCCACAAGAUCGGGUUGAACAGGUGCGGCAAGAGCUGCCGGCUGCGGUGGCUCAACUACCUCCGGCCCAACAUCAGGCACGGCGGCUUCACGGAGGAGGAGGACAGGCUCAUCUGCAGCCUCUACAUCAGCAUCGGGAGCAGGUGGGCAACGAUCGCCGCGCAGCUGCCGGGGAGGACGGACAACGACGUCAAGAACCACUGGAACACCAAGCUCAAGCGCCGCCUGCUCGGUGGCGGCCGGCGGCCGAGGGCAGAGGCGCGCCUCCAGCUCCUCACGAGCCCGACCUGGCAGCACCACAACUCCUUCGCCUCGUCGGCGCUCGAGAGGAUGCAGGUGAGCAUGCGCCUGCACCGGCGCCACCAGGCUCGCCUCGACAACCCGCCGGCGGCGGCCUUCACCUUGUACAACUACGGCAGCCUCGGUGCGCCGCUGGGGCCGAGCCUGUCUCCCUCGCCUUCUCCUUCGCCGGCCGCGAGUGAGACCUCAGAGAUUCUGCCGCGGCAGCCACCAGCCGGUGCUACUUCCACUGGUUACUCCGCCGGGCUCUGGACUCACAUGCCAGGCAGUUUCGGCUACACAGGCGCUGGAGUGCAACAGAACAUGGACGGCACCUGCACACCACCGCUCUCGACUAGCACCGGAGAGACCAUGACGGCAGUAGGCGUGGAGAGCUCGAGCUCGACGCCGACAGCAAGCUCUGCCUCCGCGACGUUUGGGAGUAGUAUGGACGAUGAGAUCGACAUGUUGCUCCGGCAGAUUCAGUGUUUCGGGGAGAACAACGGCCACCACAUCGGCGACGAGGUGGCGGUAGACGGCAUAGACCACUGCUUCAGAGCAAUAAUGGAUCGUCAUGAGACGGCGAACGGCAGCGUUGGUUCUUGGAGCUCCUGCUGCUCCACUCCUGGAGUGGAUUCAGUGUUCCAUGACUACGCGCAAGGGUACAACCAGUGCUAG